UCGAUUUCAACGCGAUGGCUGAUCAAAAGAAAGUAUCCGAGGCGGCAAAGGAACGCGAAAUCAAGAUAUCGUCUUCGGAUAACGAAAUCUUCUUGGUCCCACGCAAUGUGAUCCGUCUCUCAAACACUAUCAACACUCUCCUGAUGGAUCUUGGACUCGACGACGAAGAAGGAACCAACGCUGAGCCAAUUCCAGUUCAAAACGUCACUGCCUCGAUUCUGAAGAAGGUCAUUAGUUGGUGCAACCAUCAUCACUCCGAUCCUAUCUCGACUGAAGAUUCCGAUAACCGCGAGAAAAGAACUGACGACAUAGGCAGCUGGGACGUCGAGUUUCUUAAGGUUGACCAAGGAACCCUUUUCGAGCUCAUCUUGGCUGCCAACUAUUUGGACAUCAAGGGACUUCUUGAUGUUACCUGCAAGACUGUUGCUAACAUGAUCAAGGGAAAAUCUCCAGAAGAGAUUCGUCGCACUUUCAACAUCAAGAACGACUUCACCCCGGAAGAGGAAGAGCAAAUCCGCAAAGAGAAUGCCUGGUGCGAGGAUUAAAUUACCCUUCAGUUUGCCUAUUUCUCUAUUACAUUUCUAAACGACAUGUCGCUUCCUUCCCCUUCACACUUCACACAUUGUCCUGAUAUGGUCUCUGUCUAUUUUUUACAUCAUCUCUGGCAGCCCAAAAACUUCUUCCUUUUUUCACCUAAUUAAAAUGCAUCUUUUGAAUUUUAACCGCCAUUCUAUAUUUAUACCUAUAAAUCACCGACCGGCAAAAAUUAUGCAGUGUGAGAUUCUCACACAUUUCCUCCAAUGAACAUCAGUGUGUCCUUUACGUGAUUGUACAUGCCUAAAAAUAAAGUUGAUGAGACGAUA